GUGAAAAUGGUUUUAUUUUAAUUUAUUAAUCAACAAGUGGUUACCUGUGAUUGUGAGAGGUGGCUAUACUGUUUAAAUGUCUAAAUAAAAAUGUUUGUUAUUACGAAAAUAUAAAGCAAAACAAGAAACAAAUUUAAAAAUAAAACGAUAUAAAUGACAUAGUAGGCAACUUAAGUAAAAUACAAAUAAAUAUGUGUAGCAAUGUUGUGAAAGAGAAGAGAUGAGAAAAUUUGUCCCGCUUUGGGUGCCGCGUUUGUUUUUAUCAUGGUGAUCCAAUGCUGCUGUGUCUUGUUUUUAUGGUAGCUCGUACUCCACCUUCAAAUGUGUUGAAAGCGCGAUAAGCAAUAUUGUGAUCAACGAACGACAAAACGACGAGGUGUGAUGUGUGUCUACAUUUUCUUAGCGAUUCAGUCAUCUAUUUUGCGUUCGCUGAGAUUUAGUAGCAAUUCAAAAAUUUACGAAAAAUACGAUUUUGAGCGAACUUAAUUUGUUUUGAAUGAAAUUCAAAAUACGCACCGCCACAAAAAUACGAAUGAUUAUAACAAUAAUAUUGCCAAGAAGGCCUUAAAGUGUACGUAAAAGUUAUAUGAUGUCAUCGAUAAUUUGGAAUGAAAAAGUUACACAACAUUUAAAUUAGAUUUGGCAAUAAUCAUACACACAUACGGAUAUAAACAAAACGAUUACGUGAACUCCAACCGAUAACUUCGUAUCAUACCGUACCGAAGUCGAAGUUUAUCUGCGUACGUGCCGAAAGUGAUAAUCAAAAAGUAAUUUUAAGCAACAACACCGUCAGGGUUCUAAAUAAAAUUUGUAUUAAACACAGCUCUGGAAAUCAAAAUAAGGCAGAAGCUACAUUAAACAUAGCACUGCAGCAAAUCUGGACGUCAACAGCUGGCUAGUGCAUUUUUCAACCACAAAUUCAUAAAGAAGUUAUUAAAUUUUACCGGCACUUAAAAUGGCGACAAACAGUUUAACAUCAUAUAUAGCUUCCAAAUACGAAGGUUUAUGCAAUUAUAUGGAGCAGGACACAAUUGGCACGCAAGCUGCUAUAUAUGGCACAUCAGGUCUUAUGCUACUGAUUGCAUAUAUUAAACGCAAACCGGCAUAUUUGGUGCGUCCUUUCAAAAAACCUUCGCACAUCCCAGAGAAGUUGAUAAAUGAACGUAUUAUGCAUACUGGACUAAUACGUGAUAUAAAAAUGAAAGAUCAGGAUACCAUAUUGCUCAUCAGCCACAGACCGCUAAUACCGAUAUUCGCCAGCAAGGAUAGAGUAUUGCCCGUUAAGUUGCCCGGCAUUCAAGUGAAUGGUAAUGGCAUAUCUUGGUUGCAAUCAUGCAUAGUUGGUCGUCGUGCUACUUUCUUACCACUGGCAAAAAGUAAAAGUGAUGAUUUUGUUGUGAGUCAACUCUGUUUAGUGCACCCGCCCAAAGGUGGACGUCUAAUCGACAUAUCUGAAACUUUAUUGAAACUAUGUUUUGCCCGCUUUGCGCCCGACGAGGCUGCCGCUGUGAAGCGUAAUGCCAAAUAUUAUGAUCAUCUAAAGAAAGUGGAAGCGAGCGCAUUGACAAAACAAUCCUGGGUGUAUUGGUUAGCUAAACAUCCAUCACUGUGGAGUAUGCUGCUUGAUGCAAAGGCCAAAAUAUUUUCACGAAAGUCUUUACUGCCGGAACUAGUACGCUAAGGAGCCGUAAAUAUUAGCAAAUGUUUGCUGUGUGGUAAACAGCGUUUGGAUCUUACAAAACGUACUUUACUUCAAACCUUGUGAGGGAAGUCUGCGACUUUUAUGAUAUUUUGAUUGCGUGCUUCUGCAGAGAAAACAAUACGUGUUUAGUACUUAGAAAUUUUAAGUGCCUACUUUUAUGAAUGCUUGCAUUUGCUUUGCAAUUUUUGUUUAAUGAAUUUUAAUUUUUGACAUUGUAUAUACAUUGCUCCACUCACAAUCUGGCGCCACUUUAAUGUCAAUAAAUACUGUUUAUAAAACGGUAGAAAUUAUUAUUGAAA